AUGAGACAAGGGGAGAGGCUUUUGUACACUCCAAGUUUACUGGAGGGCCGUAAGGACGUUGUUACAGUGACACCAUGGUUGGCUCCAGUUGUGUGGGAAGGCACAUUUGACACGAAUAUCCUUGAUGCCAUCUACAAACCGCAGAACAUCACGGUGGCUACCACUGUCUUUGCUGUCGGCAAAUAUGUGCAGUUCCUGAAGGAUUACCUCGAGUCAGCAGAGCAGUACUUUAUGCUGGGGUACCGUGUGCAUUAUUACAUCUUUACAGACCAGCCAGAGGCAGUUCCUACGGUAACACUGGGUGCUGACCGUAGAAUAACUAUACUGAAAAUUCCAGGCUCAGACCGCUGGCAGGAGAUCACACUACGCAGGAUGGAGAUGAUUAUGAAUCUAAUUGAAACCCAAUUAGUCAAUAAGGCAGAUUACAUUUUUUGCCUCGAUGUAGAUACAAAAUUCUAUGGUCACUGGGGGGCAGAGACUCUGAGUCACCUAGUAGCCGCCAUACAUUACCUUUUCUACACUGCGUCACGUGACCAAUUCACAUAUGAGCGCCGGCCCGAGUCUCAGGCCUACAUCCCAUAUGGAGAGGGCGAUUAUUACUAUGGUGGGGCGAUGAUUGGUGGGCUUGUGAGAGAGGUGUAUAAAGUCACUAAAACUUGCCAUCUGUGGCUGAACAUGGACAAAGCUAAUUCCAUUGAGGCACUGUGGCAGGAAGAGUCCCACCUGAACAAAUACUUUCUUUACAACAAACCCACCAAGUUGUUAUCACCUGAGUACCUGUGGUGUGAUCCAUUUCAAAGCAAUGAUGUGAAAAUUAUCCGUUACUCACAUGUGUGGAAAGAUGUUAGUAAGGUACGGCCAAACUAA